AGGCCGGGGCGGCCCCGCCCGAGCCGCGCUGCGGAGCCGGGGCUGGAGCCGGGGCCGGGAGCGGGUCCGGAGCUGCGGCGGAGCGAGCGAUGGCAGCCAUCAGGAAGAAACUGGUGAUCGUGGGAGACGGUGCCUGCGGGAAGACAUGCCUGCUGAUCGUGUUCAGCAAGGACCAGUUCCCCGAGGUCUACGUGCCAACGGUGUUCGAGAACUACAUUGCUGACAUUGAGGUUGAUGGGAAGCAGGUGGAGCUGGCGCUGUGGGACACGGCAGGACAGGAGGACUAUGACAGACUGCGGCCCCUCUCGUACCCAGACACGGACGUUAUUCUCAUGUGCUUUUCUAUCGACAGCCCGGAUAGCCUAGAGAACAUCCCGGAGAAGUGGACCCCGGAGGUGAAGCACUUCUGCCCCAACGUGCCCAUCAUCCUGGUGGGGAACAAGAAGGACCUGCGGAACGACGAGCACACGCGGCGGGAGCUGGCGAAGAUGAAGCAGGAGCCCGUGAAGCCAGAGGAGGGAAGAGAUAUGGCCAACCGCAUCAACGCCUUCGGCUACCUCGAGUGCUCGGCCAAGACAAAGGAGGGCGUGCGGGAAGUCUUCGAGAUGGCUACCCGCGCAGGGCUGCAGGUCAGGAAGAACAAGAAGCGCAGGGGCUGCCCGCUGCUGUGAGCAGCCGGCCGGCGAGGCGGGCACUGUCCCGAGCAGCGUCCGGACACCACAGCGAGAGCUCGUCCUGCCUGCAGCUGCCCCGGACCCUCCUCCCGAGAGCUGCCCCAGGUACGCGGGCAUCCCUGUGUCCUGCCGGGGGGGGCAAUGCCUUCAGUCCCUGCCGCUCCCCGCGGGCAGCACGGUGCGUUCGGGCAGCUCCGUGUUGCCCCGUUUUACACCGAUCCCCCUGAUUUCGCCUGUGCCGUGCGCUGGGCAGGGCUCACGGCCCGGGGGCUGCUGGCCGCCCCCCACGGCUUGUGGCCAUGGUCUGCUCGGGCCCCCAGCUCUCUGCCCCUGCCCGGGACGGCGCCCACCGGGGUUUUAUAGGGACUUGCCCGGGGCAGCUUUCAGCCCUGUCCGGGCACAGCCAGGCCCGGCUGCUGCCAGGAGCACUCCCCAGGCCUGGUGCUGGGGCAGGGCCUUGUCCAGCCGCCUCCGAGGCUGAAUCACUACGGACUUAGCACCAGUAAAUUGAACUGUGUAAUUGGGAGAAUAAAUGCAAACUGGUAUUUCAGUAAUUGCA